AUGUACUUGGUCACUAUGGCUGGGAACCUGCUCAUCAUCCUGGCCAUCCUCUCAGACACCCACCUCCACAUACCCAUGUACUUCUUCCUCUCCAACCUGUCUCUGGUGGAUGUCUGCUUCACCUCCACAACCAUCUCCAAGAUGCUGUUGAACAUCCAGAUGCAGAGCAAAGCCAUCACCUACUUAGGCUGGAUCACCCAGAUGUUGUUCUUCCUGCUUUUUGCAGAGCUGGACAAUUUUCUCCUGGCCAUGAUGGCCUGUGACAGGUUCAUGGCCAUCUGUCACCCUCUGCACUACAUGGUCAUCAUGAAACCCCAGCUCUGUGUGCAACUGGUCCUGGUGUGCUGGGUCAUCAGUGUCCUGCAUGCCUUGUUACAAAUCCUACUGCUGCUGUGGCUGUCCUACUGUGUACCCCUGGAAAUCCAUCACUUUUUCUGUGAACUGAAUAAGGUGGCCCAUCUUGCCUGUUCUGACACUUUACAUGGUCAUAUACUUCACACCUGUGCUGCUUCUAUUGGUUCACUGGCUGGGAUGCUGUACUCCUACUCUAAGAUCAUCUCCUCCAUCCGUGCAAUCUCCUCUGCUCAGGGGAAGGAUAAAACAUUCUCCACCUGUGCCUCUCACCUGUCCAUUGUCUUCUUAUUCUAUUGCACAGGUCUAGGUGUCUACCUCACUUCAGCUGUUACCCACAACUCACACUCACCUGCCAUGGCCUCAGUGAUGUACACCGUGGUCACCCCAUGCUGA